GGGCAGAGUGGAUAAACUUGCCUUUCAGUCAGUGCCCGCCUCUCCUGCACGGCAGGAAUGUGAAAUGCACCUGAACUGGAUCCCCCAGUAGGACGAAUGACAGCAGAAAGUCGUCAUUUCACCUGUUCCGAGACGUAGCUUUCCUUGGCAAGCCUGACAAGAACAAGAAAGAAAGAAAGAAAGAAAAAUCAGUAUAAUUUCACAAAGUCGCUGUCUGUAGCUGAACCGGGAGCAGCAGGUAAACUAUGAUAACAAUGGGUGAGUGCUGCCUGUCUCCAGAGGAAGAGGAGAAACUGAGGAUACACAAAGAAAUAGAGAGACAGCUUCGACGGGACAAGUUAGCGUCUAAACGGGAGCUGAAGCUGCUGCUUUUAGGGACUGGUGAAAGUGGGAAGAGUACUUUCAUCAAACAGAUGAGGAUCAUCCAUGGCAAAGGAUACAAUGACACUGACAGGAAAGGCUUCACUCGUGUGGUGUAUCAGAACAUCAUAGCGGGCAUCCAGACGAUGAUCAAGGCCAUGGAGACUCUUCACAUUGACUACGUUGAUGAUCAGAACAUUGGGUAUGCAGAGAAGCUGAGCCAAGUGGACUUGACCUAUUUGUCAAGUUUGGAGUCCUGGCAAGUGGACGCCAUUAAGAGAGUGUGGAAUGAUCACGGUGUUCAAAGAUGCUAUGAGCGCAGAAGGGAAUUCCAGAUAUCAGACUCUGCGAAAUAUUACCUCACUGACUUGGACAGAAUCACAGCCCCGUCGUACAUCCCCACCCUGCAGGACAUCUUGAGGGUCAGGGUGCCCACCACAGGCAUCAUAGAGUAUCCCUUUGAAUUUUCCAAAAACAUCUUCAGGAUGGUUGAUGUUGGUGGGCAGCGUUGUGAGAGGAAGAAAUGGAUCCACUGUUUUGAGAAUGUCACCUCUAUCAUAUUCCUUGCAGCCCUCAACGAGUACGAUCAGGUCCUCUACGAGAGUGAAAACGAUAAUCGACUCUGCGAGAGCCUCGCCUUGUUUAGGACCAUCACCUCGUGGCAGUGGUUUCAAGAGUCCUCCAUCAUCCUCUUUCUGAACAAAACAGACCUGCUAGAGGAGAAAAUCCAGCAUUCGCAUUUAGCUACCUACUUUCCAGAAUACACAGGGCCUCGACAGGAUGCUGAAACAGCUAAGAAGUUCAUCUUAAAUAUGUAUGUGGAGCGGCAUGUUGGUCGUCAUAAAGCCCUUUACACGCACUACACCUGCGCUACAGACACGGAGAACAUCAGGAUUGUCUUCAAAUCAGUCAAAGACACACUCCUCCAAGAAAACCUGGAACAGUUCAACCUCGAAUGACAGAGGCUAUUGGACCAAGUGAUGGCUUCACUGUGGAGAGCAAGAACACUGGUCGUAAUCAUGUUGUAACACUUUUAAAAAGACAAAAAAAAAAAAAA